UUGAGCGAGGUCUGGCUUUCAGGACUGAAGCUGCAGGAUGGCUGACCGGGACCCCGGGGGCAUCAGCCCUCUCCAGCAGAUGGUGGCCUCGGGCACCGGGGCUGUGGUCACCUCCCUCUUCAUGACGCCCCUGGACGUGGUGAAGGUCCGUCUGCAGUCUCAGCGCCCAUCGGCGGUCAGCGGGCUGCCACCUUUUUCCAGAUGCUGGGGUCUCUUGUAUGCCAAACUGCCCGCCUCUCUCCAACCCACAGGGAAGUGCCUCUUGUAUUGCAAUGGCGCCCUGGAGCCCCUGUACCUGUGCCCUGAUGGUGCUCGUUGUGCCACUUGGUUUCAGGACCCCACCCGUUUCACUGGCACCAUGGAUGCCUUUGUAAAGAUUGUGAGGCACGAGGGCACCAGGACCCUGUGGAGCGGCCUCCCCGCCACCCUGGUGAUGACGGUACCCGCGACUGCCAUUUAUUUCACCGCCUAUGACCAGCUCAAGGCCUUCCUGUGCAGCCGAGCCUUGACCUCUGACCUCUACGCACCCAUGGUGGCUGGCACGCUGGCCCGCCUGGGCACUGUGACUGUGAUCAGCCCCCUGGAGCUCAUGCGGACAAAGCUGCAGGCCCGGCACGUGUCCUAUCGAGAGCUGGGAGCCUGUGUUCGGGCUGCAGUGGCUCAGGGCGGUUGGCGCUCGCUGUGGCUGGGCUGGGGCCCCACCGCCCUUCGAGACGUGCCCUUCUCAGCCCUGUACUGGUUCAACUACGAGCUGCUGAAGAGCUGGCUGAGCGGGCUCAGGCCAAACCAGCAGACCCCCGUGGGCAUCAGCUUCGUGGCAGGCGGCAUCUCAGGGACGGUGGCUGCAGUGCUGACUCUCCCCUUCGAUGUGGUGAAGACUCAGCGCCAGGUCGCGCUGGGAGCUGUGGAGGCCCUGAGAGUGACACCCCUGCACGUGGACUCCACCUGGGCGCUGCUGCGGAGGAUCUGGGCUGAGUCGGGCACCAGGGGACUCUUUGCUGGCUUCCUCCCAAGGAUCAUCAAGGCCGCCCCCUCCUGCGCCAUCAUGAUCAGCACUUAUGAGUUCGGCAAGUGCUUCUUCCAGAGGCUCAACCAGGACCGGCCUCCGGGCCACUGAGGGCGAGGGGGACCCGCCUCCACAUAGGGAGGGCGGGAGGGGGCUGAGCCCAGUGCCUUUUCCUCAGCGUGGAGGGACCUCGCUUCCCUGCCCUCCCGGUGACGCCCCAAGUGGGAGCCCAGGCCUCCCAGACAAGGCUCUUCUGUUGCUCCCGCUCCUGAGGGACCAUCGCCUUCCCAUCUCCAAGUUCAAGACCACACCUGCCGACUUCCCCUUUGUGUGUCCCCCUCGGUGUGCUGUAGCUGGGCCACACCUGGUCUCUACACUUACCCUGUUCUUUACUUCUAAAGAUGCUGAACUUCU